AUGGAUGUACCGGAUGUGGCUUUGGUCGUUCAGUGGCGAGCGUCAUGCAAGCUGUCUGCCCUUUGGCAGCGGUUCGGUCGUGCAGCCCGAGAUCGCUUGCUGGAAGGGACUGCGUUGCUGUUUGCCGAAAAAGAGUACUUCGACGAUGUACGCGAUGAUAAGCGUAAGCGUCAGGAGCGUAAAAAGAAAGCAACAAGCGCACCUGAUAAUCAACCACCUGCUAAACGUCGUGUAAUUGACAGUUCCACCACUGUUGGUAUUGCGCACCCUGAAGAAGGUGAUGGAGCUCAGGCUACUAGUAGUGGUUCAACGGCAAACACACCUAUAGUUACUGAUGCACAGUUGAGGGAAUUGAUGAGACCACCAGCAAGCAGAUUAGAAAGGGUGUCAAGGCAGAAGAAAGAAAAAGAAUUGGAUCAGGCAAUGGACUUGCUAAUCAACGCCAAUUAUCAUGGUGUUGGGUGUCGGCGGAAGGUAUUUAAUAUCCAAUUUGACAAUGGAUCAGCGGAUUCGAGUCACCUUAUAUGCGACCCAUCAGACGAAGAAGGCUGCUCACGUUGUGCCCCAACAAAUUCUAAAGUGUGCUGUGACAUCCAUCACCCUUUAGCAUUCUCGUCAUUCGAUCCUAUCGUUGCCUACCAACCACCCAGACUUCCCAUGCGCUCUCGACUUGCAAAGUAUACCAUGGAAUCACAGGAGCACAAAUUGUGCAAAGCGCUGGAGGAUUGGAGAGACCAGAAGACAGUGGAGAUAUAUGGACGUUCACACCUAAUUGAUCUUGGUCCAACUGUUGUGAUGGGUGACAUGGUCCUUGAUCGGAUUGUUGACUGCGCCCAUUUUCAGAAGAUUAAGGUCGCCAAGGAUCUCCGCAAGGAAACACAUUGGUCUGUCAAUGACGACCUGGCCAAGGAGGUGAUCGCUAUAAUCCACUGCAUCAUUCCAAUCUCACUCUAUACAACUGCCCCCCUACAACAAUGCCCUCUAUCUACCAUUGUCCACGCACCAAACAGUAGGCUAGUUGCGUCAAAUGGUCCACCAGCCGAUGUCAAAAAGGUGCAGAAGUGCAGCGCUUGUGGCCAGACAGGUCAUAACAAAUGUGGUCGUGUCUGUCAAAUGCAUCCAUCGCGGAUAUCUUCCGCAGCAGGGAAGGAGAAUGUAAGUAAUUCUCAGCGUCUUGCAAAAACGGUAGGUAUUGAUAAUCUCACACAGAGCACAUAG